GUGGUAAAAAAGAAAAUCAAAGCAAAACAAUCGGGCAGUUCAUGGCGGAGAUUGUUCCUUUUGUGAACGCUUCAAUGGCAUAAAAUUCCGGCCAAUUCUUUAUUCUUCCCCCUCUCUCUCUCUCCAGCUCUCGAUCCCGAUUGUCUUCACGUUCAUCCAUGUUCGUUGAUUUCGUAUUGGCAUUUCUCGCAUUUCUGGUUUUCUGUUGGGGUUUCAGCGUUUUACGUAAUCUAGGGUUUUCCUUGUUUGUUUGUAACGGAGGUGGAGGAAGACGAUACUUGAUUUGUAGGGAUUUUUUUGUGGGGUUUCCUCAGGUGUAGGUAGAUCUGAGGCUGUUUUUUUGGUUGUGUUUGGGAAGGAAUUCGAAGAAGAGAAGUGAGAGGCAAUGAGCGCUUCAAGGUUCAUAAAGUGCGUGACUGUUGGUGAUGGAGCUGUCGGUAAAACCUGCUUGCUCAUUUCUUACACCAGCAACACUUUUCCUACGGACUACGUCCCGACAGUUUUUGAUAAUUUUAGUGCCAAUGUGGUUGUCAACGGUGCCACUGUGAACCUCGGAUUGUGGGAUACUGCAGGGCAGGAAGAUUAUAACAGAUUAAGACCUCUGAGUUACCGUGGUGCUGAUGUUUUCAUUUUAGCAUUCUCUCUCAUUAGUAAGGCUAGUUACGAGAAUGUAUCCAAGAAGUGGAUUCCCGAGUUGAAUCACUAUGCCCCUGGUGUCCCAAUAAUUCUUGUUGGAACUAAGCUUGAUCUUCGGGAUGAUAAACAGUUCUUUAUUGACCACCCUGGUGCUGUGCCUAUUACCACUGCUCAGGGAGAGGAACUGAGGAAACUAAUUGGAGCGCCUGCUUACAUCGAGUGCAGUUCAAAAACCCAAGAGAACGUGAAGGCGGUGUUUGAUGCAGCGAUCAGAGUGGUGCUUCAACCUCCCAAGCAGAAGAAAAAGAAGAGCAAAGGACAGAAGGGAUGCUCCAUUUUGUAAUUCCUAGCCUCUGUCUCUCUUUCGGAGUGGUUCUAGUAUUGAGCCAUUGUGAGCAUUCUAUUAGUGAACUGUGGUUUGAGCAUCUUCUGUUUCCUGAUAAAGUAGUGUUCCUUCCUUCUAUAUAGCUGAGUGCUGCAUAUAAUCUUGUGCAUUAGUCUCCACUCUCUACGUUUGACAUUGUUUCAGUUGCAUUAGAGACCGAACCCUGAACUUUUUGUUUGUUAAAGAAGUUGUUUGAGCUCCAA